AUGCUGAAGAAGGACGAGCUCAAGAACGGAAACAGAUCCGCAGAGGCCUCAUUACAACCCUCAACAACAGCCUCAACAACAACAUCACCAACAGUUGACUCAUUAGGUGACAAACUCAAUGCCAUCAACCUCACCACUAUCGCUUCCUCGUCACUACCUUUGAAAGGAGCAACUGCAACUGCUCCCACUGCCUCUGUUAUUGCACCCAUCGAUGACUUUGACAUGAACGAUAUGGACGAUCCCUUGGCGGGCUUUGAGGCCCAGCGAAGUGGUAUUAAGGAUAUCUCUCUCAAGGAGCAAUUCCUGAGCCCUACCGAUGACAAUAUCGAGUCCCUCCAGACCCUCUUGGCUGCCCGGAUACGUGAGGGGUCUGGCGAGGCCCUUUUUGAGAUCGGUGUUGAAGAGGAUGGCACACCCAUGAAGUUGUCAGACGCAGAGUACGAAACCGCCCUCGCCACGGUCAAGACCGCUGCUGCUGCUGUUGGAGCUGAGGUGGCUAUCAUGUACGAGAGAAACGCCGGUCUACCGACUGGAGCCUCUGUUGUUCCCGGGUCCAAGGAUAAGGAAGACAAGGAUGCCGCUAUUGCAGCUGAGCCUUCAAUAGCACCAAUCGCGGAUGUUAUUGAUCAGCCCACCUAUAAGUCCUCUUAUGUCAUGAUCCGGAAGACGCCCAAGUCUGUUGAAGAGCUACUGGAGCUCCGAGUGGCCGUUGUCGGAAAUGUCGAUGCUGGAAAGUCCACCUUGUUGGGAGUACUAACAAAAGGUGUUCUCGAUGACGGACGUGGAAAGGCUCGUGUUAACCUCUUCCGACACAAGCAUGAGAUCGAUUCGGGACGCACGUCGUCGGUCGGCAUGGAGAUCUUGGGUUUCGACGCCAAAUCAGUUCCCGUCCCCACCAUGUCUCACGGGAGGAACGCUCCUUGGGAUGAGAUCUGCGGAAAGGCUGCUAAAGUCCUCUCAUUCAUCGAUCUUGCCGGACACGAGCGUUAUCUCAAGACUACCGUGUUCGGAAUGACGGGAUGUGCACCCGACUUUGUUAUGCUUAUGAUCGGCUCUAACGCAGGAAUUGUCGGCAUGACCAAGGAGCAUCUUGGCCUGUCAUUAGCACUCGGUGUCCCAGUGCUCGUUGUCAUCACCAAAAUCGACAUGUGCCCGCCCAACGUAUUAGAGAACACCGUCAAGCAGCUCACCAAAAUCUUGAAGUCUGCCGGAUGCCGCAAAAUUCCCAUGUUUGUCAAGUCGCCUGAGGAUGUCGUUGUAACGGCGGGCAACUUUGUCAGUGACCGUAUUUGCCCCAUCUUCCAGGUCAGUAACGUCACCGGUGAAGGUCUUGACUUGCUCAAGAACUUUUUGAACAUCCUCCCUAUCAGUCAAAAGUACAACCGCGACGACCCAGUUGAGUACCAGAUUACGGAUACGUUCUCGGUUCCCUUUGUCGGCACCGUUGUGAGUGGAGUUGUCAUGAACGGAAUUGUGCACGCCGGUGACCAGUUGUACCUCGGCCCCGAUGGGAACGGCGCCUUCCAGAUGGUGACCGUCAAGUCGAUCCAGCGUAAGCGAUUGAACGUACCAUUAGCGUGUGCAGGACAGAGCGCUUCGUUUGGAUUGAAAAAGAUCCGGCGAUCGACGAUCCGCAAAGGAAUGGUUAUGCUGGACAAGGAGACGAUACCCCCUCCUCGAGGCUGCCGAGAGUUUGAGGCCGAGAUCUUAGUUCUGUACCACUCGACCACUAUUGGACACAAGUACCAGGCCAUGCUGCAUUGCGGUGCCGUGCGACAGACUGCCCGUGUUUUGGCGAUGGAUAAACCGGACCAGAUCUUGCGUACCGGCGACCGUGCCACUGUUCGAUUCCAGUUCCUGCAACCCGCCUACCUCAAAGUCGGUGCUCGUCUCAUCUUCCGAGAGGGUCGAACUAAGGGUAUUGGAAAGGUGUCCAAGAUUGUCGCAUAA